AUGACGUUAUCACUCGCCGUCACGGUUUUCACGUGUUUCACCAUUCUUUCCCCUCCAACCAUGGCCACAAAUACCGAUAUAACGCACCUCAUCCGCGAAUUCAACGAAGAAUGUGAACGCGACAUCGCGUUGAAAGGCACCGCCCAAGAGCAAAAGAUUGUCGCCAAAUAUUGUCAUCCCACCGCCGCUGACCGCCUACGAAGAGCGGAAGACGGGUUGCGCUGUCUGCAAGACAGUCGUCAGCGAGUUCCUGCCAACGCGCGUGACAAAGAAAACGCCACUACUGUACCACUUCCACGGGACCCUGUCUUCGAGGCCGCUGUCGGCGAGUUCAACACUGCUGAAGUCUUGGAACGACAGGCGCGACUGGCCGUACAAAAGGCCAUUGAGACCCAAAGUGAGGCUGCAGAUCGGGUGGUAAUCUGCCGAGGUGUCGUCCAGCAACAUGUCGCUCGCAAGAAGCAAGAACGCGAGACGUAUGCAGCUCAGAAGAAGGACGCGUUGGCACUGCGCGAGCGGGUUCAACGCCUGGCGGGAAAGGCUCGGACGGAAUUUGUUCAAAGUAUCGAGGGCUUGGACGACGAGAGCAUUGUGGAGGCAUUGGUUGGCGAGUCCAGCAGUGAUGACGAUGAUGAUGACCGGGACCGGGACCGGGACCAGGACCACGACCGCGACCGGGACCACGACCACGACGACAACCACAAUGACCAUGACGAAGUCAGUACCAAACAAGAAGAUCAUAACAUCACUGGUAGUAGUCGUCACCAAGGUCGUUCCGUCAAUGAACCAAAAGAAGAUCACGUUAUCAAAAAGAUUGCCAAAGCAGUGGUCUCAUUUGUUGUCGUUGGUAAAAAGCGUCAAAACGAUGAUCAAAACGAUGGACCCCCCGGACGUAAACGCACGAAGAUGCCUUAUGUGAACCAGACAUGCCUUCCAUGUAACAACUGUCGGAAUGAUCACAAAUCGGAUCGCAGAGCACGGCGUGGCGUGUGGGCAGACAACAAGAAGCCUUCUGCUCAUGCGGCGCUCGAGCCAACGGAAAGCAGCAGGCCGUCGUCAGCGCUUUCCACGGUCAUCGCUGGAAAAAACGCUCAUCACGAGCUUUCCGCCACCGCCAGUGUCGAAGAGAACGAAAACACCCAAGAAGGGGACGAACCUGAGACUCCUGGUCUUGGAAUGUCUCCAGUCACGCCAAAGACCAACGACUCGCAACAAUUUCCAACAACGCCAGCCACGAGCGUCAGUGAGGACGACACUACUGGCAAGGAUGCGAGCUACUUUCCUGGUGGAGAGCCCAAAGGCAUUGAUCCGACAUCUCUUUUUGUCGGCGGCCUCGAUGCCAUCAGUGUGAGGGUCGUCGUCAAGCCAACGAACGCGAAAGCUGCAUUUGCGCUUGUCAAGUUCAACAACACGGAGUCUCCUGCUCGUGCUGUGAUGAACAAGGUAUUUGUUAUCUACAUACUUGCUCUUCAACAACAACAAAGGUUUCAAUGUCGUUCACCUAGCACAACUCACUGGCAGUUCAUCAUGGUCGAACCAUCCAAGUCCAACUCCGAGAUUGCAACCCUCCCCGAGGAAGUUUUCGAUUCCACGGUCGUGGAACUGCUCGUGGGCGACACCCAUUAUGGCCAGCAUCGCUUCCAGGAGAAUCGUGAGGGAGAUAUCAUGGCUUCCAACCAAGUCGGGAAUCGGCAGUCAACUGUUGAGUUUGAGCAGUCCAAGUUUGAAGCCCAAUCUUCUGCACCAGUCAUACUUCGCCUGAGCCGGAGACCAAACCAGAGCAAGCUACGGGUGAAUGACACCCCCGCCCAUGCCGGAAUUCCGCUCGGCUCGGGGUCACGCCCUGUUGGCUCUGAUGCGAGCGGCCCGGCAUCUGCGCCUCGUCCAUGGCCGAUGUAUGGAUACUAUAAUCUUCCUUAUCCAUAUGCGACGGCGCAAACUUCUGGCGAGAAGUCUCCCAGCCAGUCGCAGGCUCCGUUGCAGCCUACUGGUUUCAUUCAAAAUGGAGCUGGAACCCUCAUUCCUCUCUAUCAACAGGAAGCUCUGGAUCACUACAUGACGUCCAACCACAUAAAUCAGCCUGUGUCAGCUCAGACUCAGCAACCAGUCCCACAACAACAAGGCCCUCCCGCUGUCCCCGUUGCUCAUGGCGCUCCUCAAUUCGCUCAAUAUGCCCCUCCGGGUUAUGCAUAUCCCAACGCGAUGCCACCCAUGAUGGGAAUGCAGCCCCGUCCAUUCCCGGCGAUGACCGAAGCUGCCUGGGUCGCGCAGUCGCAAGUCAUGUUGAGCCAAGGAAAUUCGCCCAACAUCCAUUCGCUGCCGUUCCGUGGCCAACAAUUCCCAGAAGUGAAUGCUGGCAAUAAUGGACCAAACAACAAUCGCCGUCAAGGACCUGGUGGUCGACGGGAGCAGGGCUGUCACAACAACCGUGGCGGACAGCCCAAGGGCAUGCCGGGCCGCCAUCACCAGAAUCGGGCUGGAGGGAGUUUGCAGUUCCAUCCCAAUGGCGAGCUUCCUCAGCAUCUUCCUCGCGCUCCGCAGUUCCCGACGCUUGCCACCGACCACGGACACGGCCAAUGGAUCUCAACCACCGCGCAUCAGUAA